AUGCAGCUAUUCAACACCCCCACUCCUGUAUUCGUCGCUCUAUUCUAUAUUGUGGCCUUGGUCCAAUGCCGAGUCGCUCUUCAACCACGUGUCUGUCUGGGACUUUCAAGCAUUGGCGAUUUCCUCAAGGAUUUGAAAAAGUCAUCGGGGAAGGUAGAGGUCGACAAGUCGGCGUUGCCGCAGCCUGUCUACAGCAACGACCUAUCCUGCGCGGGCUUGACGCGAGAAAUAGCCCAGUGGGAUUAUCCUGCCGACGCUUGGCUGAAGCGCAUCGAGGCGCAAGACAAGUCCGCUGACUGGCACUGGGACCACUACUAUAUAUCCCACAAGUCCACCGGUGUGGUCGCCUCGUACAAGGUGGACGUCGUGAACGGAGCCUUCAGCUACGACUACGGCGGCUCGUGGGAGAAGGGCAACGAGAUCGGCUGGCCCAACAUCGACUAUGGCACCAUGCUUACGCACAAUUACCUCGAGGUGGCUGGUCGGAAUCUGGCCGAACUCCGCUUCAUCGGACAGAGAGACUUCAACAACAAUGACGACGUGGCCGCCGUCAGGGAGAUCUUCAGCAAACAGGGCGAGAACUGGGGGCCCGGCGGGUUCCUUGAGCUGAACAAGGGGAGUGACCUCUGGGACGAGUUCGUGAAGAAGAAUGAGGUUGCGAAGGGUCAGGUCCAGAUGUUGAAGGACUACAAGGACGAGUUUGGCGAGAAGCAUAUCUGGAAGUUCCAGUUCUAUCUGGAUCAGAACAGGGCCUACAAGGACGCACAGGAGCCGGUGGUCAGGAUGAUCACUGUACUUGCGGAGCCUUUUGGGAUCGGAAGCGACAGCGAUGACGAAUGA